AUGGCUUUGUACAAUCGCAAGGCAAGUGAGAGACCAAAAAAUGUGGGCUACAACUUUUCUCCUUGCGGGACCUACUUGGUUUCAAGGGCUUCAACCAAGCAUAUAGAUUUAGCUACUCGCCUCGGAGACACCAAGUCUACUCGAGCCGCAACCCUUGCUAGGCCUGCGAGGAUUGCGGCUCGGGCAGACUUGGAAUCUCCGAGGCCUGCAAGGAUUGCAGCUCGAGUAGACUUGGUUUCCCCGAGGCCUGCAAGGGUUGCGGCUCGAGUAGACUUGGUGUCUCCGAGGCCUACAAUGAUGAAAUUGACGGUAUUAAUGGAAUUGAGGAAUCAGGAAUGGGGGUACACCUAG